CACACAUUGUACAAUAACAGUGCAGUGUGCAUGCUCUCAGGCACAGUAGCAGCUGCUGAGCAUAUUUUUCCAACCUGUACGUUGUCAGGAUCAGCCAACCAGCCAGCACACUGGGAGGAAAAAGGAGGCUACUCUUGUGCUUUUUGAAGUGGCAUCUGAUCCUGCCUUCAUCAUAACCAAAGACCCCCUGUAACGUACCGGAGGAAAUGUCAGACUCAAGUGUGGACUUCACCAACAAGCCCUUUGCGGCUCAGUUGUCCAAUGUAUACUUUAGCAUCUUGGCACUUUUCUGCUUUAAGCUUUUUGUUAAGAUCUCGCUCAACUUGCUGGCAUACUUCUACAUAGUCCGUGGGAACCGUAAGGAGGCUGCCAGGAUAUCCAAAGAGUUCUAUGACUAUGGUCAACAACAGGGUGAGUACAAUGAAUAAUCAGAGGAAAAAAAGCCGUAUAGAUAGCUUACUUAUGAGACUUCUUUGUUUUGGUCAGAAAUACUUGUUUGUAAAAGGCAAAUUUGGCAGACAAGUAACCAUAAACAAAUGUGUUUACAUUGCACACAAAGCAGCAUGUUUGGCCUCGGGUGUGUAGAUUCACAGGCUGAAAAUAAAAAUAUUGUUUCCUUUAUAACCAAGCUAAAUUUCCCCCCUUCUCACACACACCUACUCACAAUUUCCAUGUUUACAAAUGUGCUAUUAAUACUGCAAUGCUUAUCUAAUGAGUACAAGAGCCAUAAACCGUAAUCAUAUUAAUACACACAGUAGAUCUGAACGAUAGUGAGCUUUUCCCUUAUUAGCUUAAAAGCCACAUAAAUCCUGAAAUGUAUAUUCAAUAUUAAAUAAGACACUGUGGGCUGGCUGCUCUUUCCCUCUAAUGUAUUAAUAGAACAUAGUCAUGAUAUCCCCCAUCCCCCCUCUUCCUGCUCCCCCGCUCCCCCCACCCUGCCCUAGUUUCCAUUCCCAGCUAUGCAGUGCACCCUUUUGCACUCAGACAGCAACCAAAACAACACUCCACAUUCUCAGGGACAGGAGGUUCGGAGGCACAUUCUGGGGGAAGAGAGACACGGCGACAACAUAAUCUGUAUCUAUCAUUCAGGGAGAUGUUUAAUUUAAAGUGGACCCACUCCAUGGAAUGCUAAUUAGCCAGGCUUAGGGUAUUAGUCACAGUCCUGCAGAUAUGGUCUUCCUCUUUCUGGGAGAUCUGUUUGAUGUCUGUAGCUGGGUCCUUUGUACCACUAUUUCAAAUUAAUGUCAGUCAAGGAAAGCAUGCUGCAUGAAUAUAAAACUGUGAAUAUAAAAAGAUAGCAUCAGGUCAGUUAGUAUUUAUAAAUUAUGAUUAAAAUAGAGGAGGGGGAGAAUGAUGAUGAGAAUGUAUGGAAUGCAGCGGCUGUUAUUCUGGACAUUGACUCAGGUGUGCUCAAUGACUUCUUUUUUCCUUUUUCUUGCAGGCCAAAGCCAGUUUCUCUACUUGGUGUUAAUUCAUCUUGAGAAUGGAGCUUGAAUAUGCUGAAUUAACAUCAAAUAGGCUUCCUGAGUACUAUUAGUCACAUAAUAAUGUGCUGCUUAAUGCGUUAACUCUCGUAUAAUGAAGGAGAAAACAUUAUCGGAAAGGUCAAGUUAUGACACACGAAUGUUUGAUGAGGAUGGAGUAUGGAUUAAAGUAGGUUGUGUUUGAGAGUUUUAAAGCUGCGAGGAUGAUUUUAUCUUUAACUUACAAUUUAAAAUUUACAUAAAUAUUGCAUUUUACAGCUUCAGAGUCGAAGUUAAAGGUACAGUGAGUAGUAUUUAGUAAAAUUGAGCAGAGCAGAUUUGGUAAUAAUGGAGAUCAAGAGUCAUAAAUUUGUCAGGGGUUCCCACAGAGACCGCCAAAUGAACGAGUAACAUCUUUAAAUUAUGAGUGGCCAUGCGAAAUGCCCCGAUUGGUGCGAAUACAGAGACAAUGAAGAGGAGAGGGGUGGUUGUUCUGCACAGAAUACUUCGUAGUGAUAGAUAUUUUUGAUGGUAAAAACUGCACAAAGUAAGGAUCAUGGCUGUCCUCUGCUUGGCCACUGUUGCUUUAACUGCAGUGGGGCUGAGCAAGGGAGCAUUUCUAAUCUAGAAUCAAAGAUCCGGCUCAAAUCUGACCUCUAGAUAUGGCUAAAUGUUCCCAUCUCUAUACACUGUACCUUUAAAUCAUACAUCAUAUGUGUGUUCUCCUCUUAUGGUAAUCACAACAUCGUAAGUCAUAAGCUACGGCUUCAUGAAGAGUGUCUGGUGAAGCUCAUGGAAUAAUUCGGCGUUCAUGCCACAUAGCAAGGGUGUUCCCAUUUAUUCACCACUUGAACUCAAACUUUUUCUUUUGCCCGACUUCACAUCUCAGCUCCAUGACUUUACAAGUUCCAUUUGGAGGCAGCAUAUGUCCUAGUUCCAUUCAAUAAUUUUCCUAGAUUUGAUUUAUGCACCUCGACUGCCUUAUCAUCCGUCACUUUUUCAUUGAUUUCAAAAGAAAAAGUACCACCACAAAAAGCUGCCAACAUCGAAUUUGAAUUCGGUCCUACAGUGAAUUUAUUGCAGCAGUACUGGAUGGGAAUGUCCGCCUCGAAAUAAUAGACUGAAAUGGAAUUAAGCCACUAAAUCCUUCUCCUUUCUGCAGGAUCCUGGGCAGACCGCUCACCAUUACAUGAUGCUGCGAGCCAGGGUCGACUCCUGGCUCUGAGGACCCUCAUUUUACAGGUGAAGACAGAAUGAUCCCCAGGGAGAGUCACGUGUAUCCCCUCAGUUUAGCACAGGGAGCCUUUUAGAGCUGUCCCUUGUGCAAUUCAGUUUGUAUCAAAGCCCUUGUAGAGUCCUGGUUUAUAUGUUGGAGAAAGAGAGGUUGGGAUGAAGAAAGGUGUCACACAGGCUAAUUAGGUCCACCUUAAAUUAUCCAAUUUAUCCAUCUGAGUGUUUAAACCUAAGCACAACACUUUAGCAGUGUGCAAGUCAAGUCGGUGGCUGUAAUAUGCCGUAAGAACAGCCCUGUCCUUUUCUUUUAGUUGAUACUGGUUGUUGUUUUGAAAUUUGCUUUAACACUUUUUCUGUUCUUUGCUUGUUUGUUAGGAGUUUAUCUCCGAUCUUACAAAACUAAAAAAGGGAUUGAAGAGUUUUAUACUCAUGCAGCACAGAAUAGAUAAAAUAUACAACAGCCUAUAAUAUGUCCUUACUGAGCCAGAGGAGAUCAUAGUGCUGCUGAUCAAUACUUAGACAAACAGAUAGCCGACCUGCUCUCCCCCAUUUGCAGUUUCAGCUGCCUGCAGUUGACAAGUGUGCCAAAUGAGAGUGAGGCAACCCAGCUCCAAAGCCAACAAAGCCGUGUGAUUUACAGUGAUUUACUAUGUCUUUACAAGACUUCUAUUGAUUCUGCUCUUCAGCUUAUUUAUCUCCUUUGUUCAGAUGCUACAGUACAGUACAGUUUGUCAGUUACAGACAACCUUAACUGAGGACGACGGCUCUGCUUUAUAAGGGAAGAUUCAUUGUUGUUCUCGUAUUUUCUGGCAUUCGCCAACAGAGGCUGUCAGAGGUCAAAUAAUCCUUUAUGCCCCUUAAUGUCUGUCUCUUUCAUUCUGUUUCCAGGGUCACAGUGUGAAUGUUCUGACCAUAGACCAUGUGACACCCCUUCACGAAGCCUGUGUGGGAGACCAUGUCGCUUGUGUCAGAGCGCUCAUCGAUGCAGGGGCGAAUGUAAGUCACGUAUUAGUCUUUAUUGUUGCUAUGCUGCACAGGUCAGAUGUCACUGCAGUGGUUGAGAAAUCUGGUCACGGGUUGCAAAUGAUUAAUGCAUCGCUCUUCUUCUUACAGUCACUGUAGAGCUAUUAAGCUGUUGUUCCCCAUCAACAGCUCCCUCGGGCUUCUGCUAUUAGUCCACUUGUACGGCUAAACAAGGCCUGAAAAUGUGCAUCUAAAAAACAUGUUUACAGGUCAAUGCUUCUACAAUUGAUGGUGUCACCCCACUGUUCAACGCCUGUGCUGUGGGCAGCGUGGCGUGCACUGAACUUCUUUUGGAAAAUGGAGCAAAGCCCCAGAGCCUUGUAUACCAUCCAUCACCCAUCCAUGAAGCCACCAGCAGAGGUACACUGCCAUCAAAUGUCAUCAGAACAUGGAAAAAUGCAUCGACUCGUACAGAAGGGGUUCCUUGUUAACUGUCAUACUUAAACAGUAUGAAAGUGAAGAAACUGGUCUCACCGUGUCAAGAUUCUAUUUCAUAUAACCUCCAGCUAUUCUUACUUUAACUUUUAGAGCUUGUUUCUCUAUCAGGAUUCACUCACUAUAUCUAGCCAGGCCGUUAAACAAUGACAGCUAUAGUGGAAGUGGAAGUGAAAAACAGCUUUCAAAAAGUAAAAAAUAGUUGUAAGCUUGGUUUUACUUGCAGCAGUAUUGGUGGGGUAUCCUACACUGGCUAAUAAACAAGUCAAAAUAAAGGACUGAAUGUUGGGAGAAGAAAAAUGUAUCAGUAUUUUACGAUUUAAAACAUAACCACACAAUAGUGUUAUAUAAAAAAGGAUGAGGCAGUACAUCUCUCUAACUCUACAGUCACAUCUUACACUAGUCUCUGCGUAACAACCUAUAUUUGUGUCCUUUGCUGCACUGCAAAGCACUCUGUAGCCGACCAGCAUCAUUUAAACAGCCUUUAAAAUGGAUCCCAACAGAACCUGAGCAGACAGCUUGGAGAGUUAUUUCACAUUGUCACUUACCGAUUACUGUCUUCAUGCUCCAUUACUUCCAGGUCAUUACGGCUGUGUGGAGGCUCUAGUGACUUGGGGGGCAGAUGUGGACAUGGACAUUCCUCACCUGGGCACUGCGCUCUAUACGGCCUGUGUCUGCCAAGAGCUGGAGUGUGCCAGAAAACUCCUGAGGGAAGGUGAGUUUGCGGCACAGUUAACUUCACCGUAUAGACAGACAUAUAUUUUGCAUGAACAGACACACAGAUACGCAAAUGUUUAUUAUGCACAGGCAUGGAAAUAAUUAAAUUAACAUAUUAGCAUGCAAAGUGGAUUUUCAAAGCCUCUAAGAUUAUUGAUUUUUAUCAAGAAAACUGUGAAUGCAAGCACUGUGAGGCUGUGUGUUCAAAAUCAGUCUUUCUGGAGAUCAAAUAAGGACAAUGCAAUCAGACUGUGCAUGUAUUUUGUACACUGUUUCUUGCUUCUGUUAUGCAGGCACACUGCAUACUGCAACUUAAAUAAGAAGUGGCACUGCAGCCACAUGUAGGGCAUAGCUGACUGAUCACAUUUUCAAGCUAUUUGUAUGCCCGUAUAGCUUGCUACCUAUGAUUGAAAGUGACAAGUUCACAUCCUUUCUCACAGGGCUGUUGAAAGCAGUUUAUUGGAAAUGUAAGAGAUUGUUAGGUAGACAAGAGCAGUCAGGGAAAACUGGUAAAUCAAAAUUCAAAUGAGAAAAUAAGGUCACACUACCUUCUAGAUUACAACAACAUCACGCAUCGAUGAUGUUGAAGAGUGAAGGAACCUGACGCUAAAAAACUAUCUGGCUUGGUUUGAAGUUAAUAAUCAUGUUGUCCUUCAUGCAGGAGCAAAUGUACAGAAAGGGAGAUCUCUGGAUUCACCUUUACAUGCAGCUGCAGAAAAAGACUGCACAGCUGUAGUGAAGCUACUGUUGGACUUUGGUGCAGACAUUAAUGCCAGAAACACAGAGUUUCAGAGGCCAGUAGAUGUGGCUCCACCCAGCAGUUUAACAGAAGGGUUUCUACUCCUUUAUGAAGGUACAGUAACACUUGCAUCUAGAUGUUUCAAGCAUCUACAGGCCUGUGUCUGCAUCUUUUUUUGUCUAUGUCAUCAUGUGUAUGCUUGUGUUUGGACGUCCCUUGGGAUAUUUAAGUGUUCUCUCCGCUGUACUUCAUAGUGAGCUCAAUAUGACCGUCCCAGACUUGUUAUAAUGCUUCACUGUCUCCUUUCAUAGCUACGCCCCGACUGCUGAGCCAGCUGUGUCGUCAGUGCAUCAGAAGCUGCGUCGGCUGUGAUAGACUCCACCUCAUCUCCCACCUUCCCCUGCCCACCAGGCUCAGAAGCUACCUGCAGUACCAAUGACACACCGCCUGCCUCAAUGGGACUUACAGACAAAACACUAUGAGAAAAUGAACUCCAAAAACUCUUCUUACCUUUAAUUUUCACCACCAGUCGAUGCUAUAAAAACAGGGUAGUCAAACUGAGUACCUGACAGGAGAGUGACAAGCUGUGUGGAGAUGGUUUGUAUCACAUACACUAUGUUACCGUGUAGGAAUGUGAAACGGGGGCUGCUAAAAGAGAACAUGCAGGCUUAGCCUCCCCCAAAUAAACUACAGUGACAGAAAUAUAAUAAAUAAAGCAACACUAUGAUUCAGGUUUGCUGUAUUUAGAAAAUACUUUGAUAGUUACGAUAGCUACCAGAGAGUGAAGCACUUUGAAACCUUUACAAAGAGAUUGUAACAUUUUACAUACAUGCACAAAAUAUGUGUGAAUGACUAUUCAUUGUUUGCUAUUGAUACCCACUGAUACUUUGCACAAUACUGACUGAUUAAACUUUUGUGAAACCUCAAAAAA